CUGCUGCAUCAUAACAGCCGUCGCUUGCUAGUUAGCUAGCUUCACUACUGACUGACCGGGGGGACGGGAGUGUUGUCGCCGAGUCCGUGACGCUGCAACGUGCCUCAGCAUCACAACGCGGCCAGGGGGGUUUGAAAAACGUCCACAAGUGGUCCCAGCACGAUCGCCCCUACUCCUGCUUGUUGGGUCAUGGCCAGGCCGGAACAGGUUCUGCUCUUGGAGCCUCAGCACGAACUGAAAUUCCGAGGCCCAUUCUCCGACGUGGUCACCACAAAUCUCAAGCUCUCCAACCCUACAGACAGGAAUGUGUGUUUCAAGGUGAAGACGACCGCGCCACGCCGGUACUGCGUACGGCCAAAUAGUGGUAUCAUCGACGCAGGCACCUCUAUCAAUGUCUCAGUUAUGCUGCAGCCUUUUGACUAUGACCCCAAUGAGAAGAGCAAACACAAGUUCAUGGUUCAGUCCAUGCUAGCACCCCCUGACAUGACUGACAUGGAGGGAGUGUGGAAGGAGGCAAAGCCAGAGGAGCUGAUGGACUCCAAGCUGAGGUGUGUUUUUGAGAUGCCAGUGGAGAACGAAAAGACGCACGACAUGGAGUCCAACAAGAUGAUGUCGUCCAGCUUGCUGAAGUCCGAGUCCUCCAUGCUUUCUUCCAAGUCCAUGAGCUCCAACCUCGACGACGGUGAGGUGAAGAAGAUCAUGGAGGAGUGCAAGAGGCUGCAGAUGGAGGCUCAGAGGCUACGGGAAGAAAACAAACAGAUCAGGGAGGACGACGGCCUGCGGAUGAGGAAGAGCAACGUGAUGUCCUCCCAGCACACCUCGGCUGGAAUGAAAAAGGAGGAAGGCUUGAGUGCCCGCUCGGCCGCCCUCAUCAUCCUUUUCUUUUUGGUGGGCGUCAUCGUGGGCAAGUUGGUCUUGUAGAGCGUGGCGCAGUCAAGUGGGUGGGGUGGGAGGGCGCAGCAUGCUUUCGGGGGUGGGGAUAAAAUCCAAUCAAAAUGCGGGAUGUAGGAUUUGGGGUGAGAGUUGCCAUAUCUGCGGGGGGUGGGGGGUGCGGGAGUGGUUUUGAUUCAGCCUCAUUUAUUAUUUGAAAAAAAGGUCAUGUUUGAGGGGGUGCACAGAAAAACUAAUGAUUCACCGUCGUAUAAAGAAGCUGUUACAGGUUUUGCCGAAUCACCACUUGGUCAUUGUUGUUCCUCUUCACCAAAUUCCAUGAGGACAUGUGGGCGGGGCUUAGCAUUAACAGGAUUCCUCACACCUAUGAGACCACAUUUGAGUCAAGUUGUGCGAAUGUCACUGGUGUUUUUUCUGAACGACAAGAGUAUACCCCCCCCAACCCCCUACCUCCAGUGUACAAUAUAACCACCACCAUCUUGUUGUGGGGCAGUCUUGACUCCUCCAAUCAGAGACUGGAAUUACAAACCCAUAUAUGUAGUUUCUAUCCUGGUGUUUAUUUUCACCUUAUUCUCAUCACAACAUCCCCAUCUCCUCCAGGGAGGGUGGAGAUGGACCUUGAUUGCAUGCGUUCACAGCCGAGUGUUGCAUCUGGACUUUUUUUUUUUUUUAAUCUUAAUUUAAUUGCUUUUAUAAUGGUGUUAAUUGUGUGAUUAUUUGGCUGUAGGUUUGCACACAUCAUUUUAUUUCCUCUCAUUUGUGUUUCAUUUCUAUGAUUUCUUGUUCUUUCUUUGUUCAAGCGCAAAAGCAUUUACGGUUAUUGCCGCCUCCGCCGCCGCCGCCUGGGAACAAGCUCCAGAUUUUGUCAGGUUUCCGACGGCGCCUGCUAACGUUCGCCAGGCCAGCGCUUUGCCUUGUGACCUGUUUGAGUGAGUUUUUCCUCAGGCCGAGACACGAGUACAGUACAUGUAUGCAUAUGAACAUACACAUGCACACGCCUGGAAAGAAAUACACACAUGACAGACAGAAGGUGCCUGCAUGCUCAUUUUGUUUCCGUGACAACAAGAUCUUCCUCCUGAGCCAUACAUUCUGUUUUUGUCUGCAGCAAAUGUAUGUUAGCAAACAGUGGCAUGUUAUAAGCUGCCUUCACUUGAUUUCCACUUUUUUCUUUUUUGUCCACUGCUGGCACGUGUUCCAUUGUCGCUAGUUUGUUCAAGUGUUUAUCCAUGUUUUAUAAUCCUCACGGCGUUUGAAGUUUCAUGUUUCAUGCACUAAGGCGAAGAGUGUGAUCUUCCUAUAGCUAUAGCCUCGAGGGACCACGUAACGACAUUGUACUGUUCUCGAAAGCCAGUAAUUUAUUUUUGCUUUAAAAUAAAAUUACGAAUGAACACUUUCAAAAUGGUCGCAUCAUCCAAAAUUUGCUUAAAAAUAAGUCAAAAUCUCAAAACCAAAAUGCUACUUUACCUUGUUGCAGAUGUGAAGAGUGUGCGUUCCUACUACUGUAUCUCUGUUAAGUGUUUGGUUUGAGGAUGACUUGCUGAGGGGAGGGCAGAGCACACCUGGAAUUAACUCGAAAUUUGGGUGCUGAACUUGCAUCAUAGAGUAUUUGCAGAAAACUUUCACUGUGUCCCGCUUGGAGCAUUGCUGCAUUUGACACAACAAAAAUACCACAAUUUACAAGAAUGUGAAUCGGAAUUCAAACAACAAAAAAACCCCAACGAUCCUGCCAUGGCACUCCACCAAUUUGCUAACACUCAAGUAGGCUGAAAACACACAAUGUCCAUACUUGUUGAUCCAAGGCAAGACACUACAGUGACCAUCAACCUGAAGCAGUUGGGCAACUGUUUUGUAUGUAUGUAAAACAAAUAAGUCUAUCUGAGAAGAGGAAAAAAAGAUGAAUAUUCCUAGUCAAGUAGUCUCUCUGGUGUAUAAAAACUAAAUCCCACCUGGUUGGACUAUGUAGCAUCUUAAUAAAUUAAAGGAAUUAAAGUCCCUA